AUGUAUGAGGUUGUAGUUGCCCGCUACUCUUCCCUAGCCACUGCAGCCGUAGGCCGUCUCAUGCUACCCUACCUGUUCCCCGACCUGUCCUCGUUUACUACCACUGAGGACCUCAUCUCUCACCUCCGCGCUAGUGACGCUCGCUUUCGUGCCGCCCUUUCAGACGAGUUCCUUGCCGAGAAUCACCCCCCGAUGUACUUUACUCUCUACUUCCUCAUCACCCGCCUCCCUGACACUCUUCGCUCAGUCAGGGACCACUUUCUCGCCCUAGACCCGACCACUAUCACUGUCGCCGACCUUGAGACGCACCUCCUAGCAGCUGAAAAGAACAUUCUUGCUGUAGGUGCUGCUCGUGGCACUCCUCGCACUCCCCUCUUUGAGGGGUGCUCCCCCUCCCCUCUUGCCCCCUCCUACGCCUCUGCUGCAGCUGCUCUCGACUACCUUGGUGCUGAGGAGGUCGGGGCUGCUUCCACUCCUAGUGGGAAGUGCCGCAGCGCCAGGGGCAGCAGGGGUGGCAGGGGAGGUGGAGGUGGCGGUGGAGGGGGCAGUGGUGGAGGCGGCGGGGGUGGUGGAGGUGGUGGGGGUGGUCGUGGGGGUGGAGGUGGUGGUGGGGGUGGCGGGGGUACCGGGGGCAGUGGAGGUGGCAGCGGCGGGAGUUGGGGAGGAGGGAGCGGUGGUGGCAGCGGUGGUGGGAGCUGGAGUGGAGCCGGCCAGAAGGGGAGCUCCAGUGGUGGCCAGGGACAGCAGCAGCGUCAGCGUCAGACCCCCAUGCCUCAGCAGCUUCAUGACUGGUACGCUCAGCGUGGGGCGUCUGGGGGCCCUGUUCACUGCACCUAUACCAUUCGCAUAGGUCCUCUCGCUGGUCGCCCAUGCAACGGCUUUCACACGGAGUACCGCUGCUUCUCUCGGCUCAGCGACGCCUGGCGCGUCAAGUUUCCUGAGACUACUGAGUUUCCCCCUUGGGCAGAUCUGCUUAGGCGUGAUAUUCCUAUCUUUGAUCUUGACUAUGAUGCUAUUCUUGCUGCCAUGUAUGCAUUGACUGUUAGUGGUGAGGGUGACUGCCACUUGUGUGUACCGCCUGACCCAGGUAUAGCCCCAGGUAUAGAGUCUGCAGCCCUUGGUGCUUGUGAGUCUGUUCUCCCUGGUACUGCGUCGGCUCAGGCCUUGCACACCUUUACACUUUACUCUGGUGCUUCCCGCUGUUUCUUUCACGACAGUACCACAGUCACUCCCCUCCCUGCACCUGUCCCAGUCUCACUGGCUGACCCCUCUGGGGGCCCGGUGCUUGCACGGUCCACCAGUGUGCUUCCGUACCCGGCGGUCCCGUCUGGUGAGCUGUCUGGUCUCCACCUCCCCUCGUUCUCUACGAACCUGGUGAGCAACGCCGUCCUUCAGGAUAAUUGGGUUGACACCUUUACUUCUGAAGGACAGCAUGUGGCGAUCUGCACGUGCUCUCGGAUAGGCCGCCACCUGGCCACGUUCACACGUGCGCCUGGGUCCAGUCUGUACACCCUCACCACUGCGUCGCACUCCACCCCUUUGUCUCCUCAGUUGUCUCUGUCCUCCCUCCCUCCCUCGCCUGCGCCGCCCUGCAUUCCUUGCGUUGAGGGGCGGCAGCGCGCCGCUCCUCACUCCUCCUCGUUCCCUCCCACAGAGGCUCCACUGCAGACUCUCCACCUGGACGUGUGGGGCCCAGCCUGCGUCCGUGGACAGGGCCACGAGCGGUACUUCUUGCUGGUACUCCGCGAGCAGUUCGAGUCGGACUUUCCUGUCCUGCGUCUGCACUCUGACAGAGGUGGUGAGUUCUCCUCUGACCUCUUGCGAGCCUACUGUGAGGAGCACGGCAUCCACCAGACGUUCACGCUCCCGGCCUCUCCGCAGCAGAAUGGGGUUGCUGAGCGCCGCAUUGGCUUAGUCAUGGAGGUCGCUCGUACCUCCAUGAUCCAUGCGGCUGCCCCCAAUUUUUUGUGGCCGUUUGCGGUCCGGUACGCCGCGCAUCAGCUCAACCUCUGGCCCCGUGUCUCCGUUCCGGAGACUUCGCCCACACUACGUUGGACGGGGGAGGUUGGCGAUGCGUCGCGGUUCCGGGUCUGGGGUGCUCGUGCCUUUGUGUGCGAUACCACUGCGGACAAGCUCUCCCCUCGCGCCAUUCCCUGCGUCUUCCUUGAAUUCCCCCCUGACGCGCCUGGCUGGCAGUUUUACGACACUGUCUCGCGCCGUGUCUUUGCAUCUCAGGACGUCACCUUUGACGAGUCGGUCCCCUUUUACCGUCUGUUUCCCUACCGCACUGCAGCGCUCCCCCCCCCGCCGCUCUUCCUCGCUCUAGGUCCUCCCCAGGUAGACCCCCUCCUCGCUCCCGGUCCUGCUCCUUCAGGUGUGUCUUAG